CCCCCACAGUCGAGCAGGAAACUCUAUCAGAAGUGAUAAACGGAGACAACAAACAGCACCAGAAACCACAGGGUUGAAGAUGAAAAGAAAGAGAGGCAAUUUCAACUUUUCACAGUUUUGGUUUGAGAUCACAUGGAUGGAUGUCACCUUGCACUGCAUUUUCCCUCCAACUGUUCUAUAAGAAGCGAAACACAUCUGCUCCACUAGUGACACGGACUGGAAACACUAAAGUGUCACCAUGACACUGCAAGAACAUUAGGACCACUGCUCCAUCCCUGAUGGCAACCAAAUGGAACAGCACCAAGUUUGGAUAAUAUAUUUGGGGCCAGAGGUGUCUAAGGACCUCAGUGUAAACAAGGACUGACGUCCCUCAGUGCUUUAGAGCAAACCUUCAGAUCUGGACCAAUGACUGGAAAAUGAAUAACACCACUUUUGAAUGUGAAAAUGAAACAAUAUACAAUGAUAUUAAAAAAUACCAGCGUUACACCUAUGCAAUCAUCUACACAGUAAUCCUGGUCCCAGGGUUGAUCAGUAAUGUUUUGGCACUUUGGGUUUUCCAUGCAUAUGUGAAGGAAACAAAGAAAGCUGUGAUCUUCAUGAUUAAUCUUGCCAUUGCUGAUCUGCUCCAAGUACUUUCACUACCUUUGCGCAUUUACUACUACCUGAACCAAUCCUGGCCCUUUGGCCAUGCUAUCUGCAUGUUUUGUUUUUACCUGAAAUAUGUCAACAUGUAUGCUAGCAUUUACUUUUUGGCAUGCAUAAGCAUAAGACGCUGCAUGCUUAUCAUCUAUCCACUGAGAUAUGGAGCAACAAAACGGUGGCGAGACCGCACAUGGUGCACAAUAGGCUGGUUCAUCGUGUGUGUUGGAUGCCUGCCUUUUCCUUUGCUGAGAAAAAACUCUGACCCCACCAAGUUGGAAGGAUCUAAUAUCUGCUUCUCAGAGUUACCUAUGGUGUCUCUAUCCAUGGCAAGUGGAGUUACACUUGUCACAGUGGCAGAACUCGUCGGUUUUCUGUUACCUCUAGCAGUGGUCCUCACUUGCACAUGGUUAACUGCCGCAAGUCUGCGUGAAAAUAACUGUGUACUUCAAGAUGCUGGAGAAAAACGGAAGGCUCUCAAGAUGGUGCUAAGCUGUGCAGGUGUCUUCCUGGUUUGUUUCAUGCCUUAUCACAUAACCUUCCCUUUGGACUUUUUAGCUAAAUCAAAAAAGCAACUAAGCUGUGCAUUCAAAAUUGCCAUCCAACGCUGCCAUCCUAUAACCUUAUGUCUAGCCAGCUUUAACUGCUGCCUGGACCCAGUGAUGUACUACUUCACCACCGAUGAAUUCAAGAGGCGUCUUUCAAGGCCAGAGUUGGUAGAAAGCUUCCAUUUGCACCGCAGAAUCUCCUGCUCAACAACUGAGGUGAAAAUGUUGCAGUCUGAGCAAGAAGGAUGAAUAUGACAUUUACUUUAGGAAAGACCUUUCUGUUGUCACUAUCAUUAACUUUAGGAAAGACCUUUCUGUUGUCACUAACACUGAGGGUAAAAUCAAACAAAGACUGCAGACAAACAAUGAAAAUAAAUACAGAAGCUACUUUCUAAUCCCAUAGUCCUUAUUCAUGGAAAUAACUAUGAGGAACAUUUAAAAAUAUGAAUAACCUGCACUGAGACCAGUAAUGUAAUGUUGAUAUAUCCAAUGCUAAAUAUUUAUGAAGGAAUGUGCCCUGAUAACUGGAUAUGUGAAAGCAGUUUGAUUCAUGCCUAUUUAGAGAAUCAUGACAAAAUGAUAAAAAAAAUGACUGUCACAAACAAAUGACAAAAUCACUGUUUCUUUUUGUAAAUAUGGGAAAAUUAUAAUGUGCUAUAUGCAUAUGAAGACAAAGUGCAUGUUUAUUUUAAAGUUAUGGAUUAGCUAGAACACAUGAAAAUAGAUCUUUAAGGGGAUGUAAAAUGAAUGUUCCAAUGUACUGCACUCAAAAGCAGGGACACAUUUUAUAUAGAACAAAAUAAUAGAAAAACAAUAGAGAAGAUAGUAAAGGAAAGAGAGGAAGAAGGAAAUAUCCCAGGAAAACUGAUACAGGAUGCAAAUUGACUGCACUCAUGGACAUUGUCUACAUUGAUCCAAGGCAGUGAACAUUUUAGCUGGAAUGGGGCAUAAAUAUUGCUACAUUUAAUAAUAAUAAUAACAAUAAAAUAAAGAAACUAGAAAAAGAAAUGUGUUAAAAGAAAUAUAAUAUAAAGGGGUUAUGUUUCAAUGUUAACAUAAUUUAAAAAAUCUUUUAUUUUUAAAACAGAAACGGAAUUCAAAGGCUACUGUAACAGUCAAGCACUUCAAACAUAUAAAUUGCAAUAAGUAUUUUUUAUAUUUAUCCAGCCAACAAGUACCUCAGUGUGUGUUACAAUUUGAUUCUUAACUCUCUCAUAAGUUUAACUGAAAGGAAACACAUGUAUUUGGGUUAUGGGGUUAUGGUUAUACCACACACACCAAAUUUCUCAUUUUCAUGGUGAAAAUGUAAUUUAUUUAAUUAACAUAGCUGCUGUUGUAUGCAGUCUUAGAAAUGGGUACUGAAAACAUUUCUUUAGCUGGUAGGCAAAUAAAGCAGAAGUAAAGGCCUGAAAGUUAUUAUGGUAUUAUUAUGGUACAGUAUCCCUUACAGCAAAAAUAAAUAAAUAUUGAUUAAUAAAAGAAAGUUAUGGAGCCAUUUUUAAAACCUAGUACAGAAAUAACCUAAUACAUUUAUCCAAAGCUACUUGCAAUUGAGAAAGGAGCUGGCUGAGGAUUCAGGGACAUGCCUAGAGGUGCCUUUUUCACAGUGGGAUUUAAGGUCAUUCUCUUAGGUCCUUUACCACUGAUAAAUUUAUAAGUGCCUCCAUUUUAUAUCAGAUUUAACAAACACACUUAUGUAGUUUUAUGUGAAAGAGCAAAAUAAUGCAAAAUGUAAUGUCUUUGUUAAUACUUUUAGUACCCUUUUAUCACCUUUAAUGCUCAAAAUAUAGGGUAAAUUCCAGCAUUCUGCAUUUUAAAAACACAAAACACUAUCAACCAUCAACAGAAAUUCAUCUUUACAAUAAUGUGAAAAUAUCAGAAGCAAUGUAACAUGUCAGGGUUUGCCCAACCUUUUGCUGCUUGGGAUCCCUUUAACAUACAAAUGAAACGGAGAUGGACAAAGAAAGUUUUAAUACUAUACAAAUCCCAGGUUAUUUAAAUUUAUAAAAAUAUUUUGCUAUUUAUUGGAGCCAUAGUUUGUUACUAUGAAUGUACACAAAUUUAAAAAAAAAAAAAAAAAGCUGACAGUUAUA